AAGCUUAGAAUUCAACGUUAUAUACAUUUUAUUAUUUUACUUCAGAUAUCGGAUUAAGUGCCUCUGUUAAGUAUCACGUCCUUUUUAAUUUUUGUGCUACACUGAGACGAAUCAUUCGGAAACCGAAUUUCUUCGCAUUUCACAUAAAAUGAAGCUUUUCUUUGCUAUUGCUCUGCUGGCAGUUGCUGUGCAAUGUAAUCCUGUCGAAUAUGGUCAUUAUGCACCUGCUCCUGUUUUAGCACAUGCCCCGGUAAUAGCUCAUGCUCAACCCGAACCAGUUGCAUAUCCGAAAUAUUCAUUUAAUUAUGGCAUUAAAGAUCCCCAUACUGGUGAUAUUAAAUCGCAAGCUGAGGAGCGCGAUGGUGAUGUUGUAAAGGGUCAAUAUUCUUUAGUCGAGCCGGAUGGUUCAGUGCGUACCGUUGAUUAUACAGCUGAUGAUCAUAAUGGAUUUAAUGCUGUGGUACAUAAAACGGCACCGGCUCCAGCACCUGUGGUCCAUGCUGCACCUAUUGCUCAUGCUGCUCCGGGACCGCUGUUGCAUCAUUAUUAAUUAAUUAUUCAACUUGAAGAAAAUUAAAUUAUUUGCGGCAAGCAACCUUAACAUUGGCUUUAAAACCCUC